AUGUCGUCGAACUAUUUACAACCACAACUCUCCGAAACGUCUGAAAGCUCACAAAACUCUGUGGGUAAUCAGAAAGCCGAAACUAAGCGACCCAACCUUUUCGUGCGCCUAUUUCAGGCAUUGGGGUUCAAAAAGGGAUAUAAUUUUGUUCUCUGGUUUAUCUUUGGAGGAGCUAUGUUCGGCUUCGCGCUGGCACGGUACAUGUACCUGAACCCCUCGAUCAUGCUAAACAACAUAGCACCUGGCGAGGGAUACUGGUUCCAUCGAGGCGUGUAUCGUGUGGGCAUAAUCCUGCACGUUGCCGUCACGCUCACAGCCGGAAUAAUCGCUGUGACCCAAUUCAUCCCUAUUAUCCGAUAUAAAUCAAUCAUUGUCCAUCGUAUCUUGGGCUACAUCGCAUUGUUCCUGCUAGUCAUCGGUGUUGCGUCGGCACUUGCCAUCAUGCGCCGUUCAUUCGGGGGCGAUCUUAGUAUCCAAAGCGCUGUUGUAGUGCUUGGUGCAGCAACUCUGAUUUCUGCGCUCCUUGCUUGGAUCAACAUCAAGAGGCUUCAGAUUGAUCAGCACCGCAAGUGGAUGCUUAGAACUUGGUUCUAUGCUGGGUCUAUCAUCACCGUCCGGCUGGUUAUGAUCAUUGUCGCCCAGAUUAUUUCAACGAUUGGAGAAUACUAUACCCUGUGGAAUUGCGGCGAAGUCCUAUACACCUUUGAUAACGAUUCGACUAGAUUGAUAGCAUCCUACCCAAUGUGCACCGGAGACCAGCUCGGCUCUAUCCAUGUACCCGUGCUCGCUGUAUGGACUGGUGUGGUUAACAUUGGGUCUGCUCUUCGUGCAAGCUUUGGUCCCGCCGUCUGGGUUGGUUUCCUACUUCAUGCUAUAGGGGUCGAAAUUUACAUCCAUCUCACACCAGGUGAAGCCGAGCGAUUGCGAAAAGUCUCGUACCAGAGGCAGCUGGAGGCGGGCAUGAAACACCCCGGGAGUAUGGGAACUACUUCAGAUAGGCUUGGGGACAACUUUGGGGUGAUGUACAAACCUGAAUAA